ACAAGGAAUUCAUGUGACUGACGUAACAAAUGCUUCCAGGACCAUGUUGAUGAACCUCGAGACGUUAGAUUGGGAUGAAAGCAUGUGUCAGUUCUUCGGUGUAAAUAAAAAGAUGUUGCCUAAGAUCUGCAGCAGUGCAGAGAUAUACGGGCACAUCAGGCACGGUGCGAUGAAAGGGAAACCUAUUGCAGGCUGUCUGGGUGACCAACAGGCUGCACUCUUUGGACAGCAUUGCUUCCAGCGAGGCGAGGCUAAGUGUACCUAUGGGACUGGGUGUUUUAUGCUGUCCAAUACUGGCACUGACAUUGUCCAGUCCCAGCACGGACUCUUAACCACCGUUGCAUACAAGGUUGGUUCUGGUCCAGCAAUAUAUGCCUUGGAAGGAGCUGUAGCUAUUGGGGGAGAAGUAGUGCGGUGGCUGAGGGAUAACUUGAAGAUCAUCUCCAGCAGCAGCGAGGUGGAGCAACUCAGUGGAACUGUUGACAGUACACAUGACCUCUACUUUGUACCUGCUUUCAGUGGUCUCUAUGCUCCUUACUGGGACCCCACUGCUAGAGGCCUCAUUAUUGGAAUUACUGCCUACACUAAUAAUGCUCACAUUGCCAGGGCUGCUCUUGAGGCUGUGUGCUUCCAGGUGUGUGAAAUUCUUGAGUCCAUGGACGCAGAUAGUGGCAUCAAACUUCAGUGCCUGAGAACUGAUGGUGGUAUGACAAAGAAUAAGCAGUUCUUGGGAAUGCAAGCUGACAUUCUUGGGAUUUCUGUGGAAUGCCGUGCAGAAUCUGCAGAAGCAACAGCUAUGGGUGCAGGAAUGGCUGCUGCAAUGGCACUAGGAAUUUGGAAUGUUGAAAAGCUGCCUGGAGAGGCACUCACUUACAAUCCUGACAUGGGAGACAAGGAAAGGGAGCAGAAGUUAGCCAAGUGGAAGGAUGCUGUGCAGAGGUCCAGAAAUUGGGUGGGAUAACUUAGCUUAGGAAACUUAGGAAUUUGUUUGGAUAUUUAUCUUAUGAUUUUUUGAUUUAACAUACGAAAAAAUUGUAUAAUUAUGUUUACGUAAUUAGCUUAGAAAAUAGUAUUUUUUGCAUGUUGUAAUCUUUUUAAUGUUUUUGUGAAAGUUGAAGUUUGUAUUCUCAAGUUUUUUUUAGCUGUUCGAUAUGUAUCAUAAUAUGAAGUAACAAGGUCCUUUUCAAGUUUUUGCGAGAGUUGAAGUUUGUAUUCUAAAGUUUUUUAGCUGUUCGAUAUUUAACAUAUGAAGUAACCAGAUCUUAAAACGAACCACAAAACUACGAAUUCAACUUGAAUAAAAAACAGCUAUAGGAUGGCAAAUGUAUGCCAGCUGUUCCAUCUUCAUUCUUCAGAUUUUGUAAAAAUUUGGAAUUCAGGUUCAUAUAUUCAGUACGUAAAAGUGAUUCCAAAAACUUCAGUUUACUAAUUAUUGAAUCAAAAUAGUUUCAGUUUGUCUAAGAAAGUUUGAUCAAACAA